ACCCGUCAACAUUUUCUGUGCGCAUUCCUGUAGAUACUUGAUUUACUUCUAAAUCUAGCAGCUGCGAAUCGCAGAGCCAUAAAUCAAACGACUUUCCAGUUCAUAAUUGUUGCAGAAGACUUUCAGAGAUUUUCGUCGCCCUCGUCUUCCCCACUCAGACACUCCCUCCAAGUUUCUGCUACAUUUGUGCUUUCGUUUACCCAGCUGGUGUGGACUGGGGAGAAGAAUUAUUACAUCCAGUAUGCUCUUUACAGCUUAAAGUACUUCGAAAUCAACACUGGGCGGUUAUUGCAUGGAAUUUCGAUUGUUUUUUCGAUCUCAUAUUCCCCUUAUUCUUCUCCUCUACUUUACUUCUUUGUUCGAGUUUGGUGGUACCACGGGCGUAUUGAAGGUUCAGCGCAAGUUCUCCGGCCAGCGGCAACGUAUCACAGAUCUCCGCGCCCACGAUGUUCGCCGCCAUGGCAGGAUUCUCAUAGAAAGUACUAGAGCCUCCGUUGAUCUCCCUCUGGGAGGUCUUGGCCGUCCUACAGCCACUGGGCUAUACUAUGCCCAAAUUGGAAUUGGGACUCCUUCGAAAGCCUACUAUGCGCAGGUAGACACAGGGAGUGACAUUCUUUGGGUGAACUGCAUCACUUGUAGGCAUUGUCCUAAGAAAAGCGAUCUAGGGAUAGAGCUGACGCUUUAUGAUCCCAAAGGUUCUUCAACUGGAAAGUUGGUUUCCUGUCAUGGAAGCUUCUGCUCAACCACAUAUAGAGGCAACAUGCCAGGAUGCUCGUCUGAUAUGCCGUGCGAGUACAAAGUGCAGUACGUAGAUGGCAGCUCAACUUCUGGGUUCUUUGUGACCGAUUAUUUGCAGUACAAUCAAGUUUCUGGUAAUCACCAGACAGGAACGGCCAAUUCUACAGUUACAUUUGGAUGUGGUGCCCAGCAGUCCGGGGAUCUAGGCUCAUCAUCUGAAGCGCUUGAUGGUAUACUUGGUUUUGGGCAAUCAAAUUCAUCAAUGCUAUCACAACUAGCUCUUGCCGGAAAAGUGAGGAAGAUAUUUGCUCAUUGCUUGGACACCAUAAAUGGUGGUGGUAUAUUUGCUAUAGGAAAUGUGGUGCAACCAAAAGUGAAUACGACGCCAAUGGUACCAGACACGUCACAUUACAAUGUCAUUAUGAAAUCAAUUGCAGUUGGCGGAACAUCUCUGAAACUUCCAACUGAUGUAUUCCAAUCCGGGGACAUGAGAGGGACCAUAAUUGAUAGUGGAACAACCUUAGCUUAUCUACCUGAAGAAGCUUUUAAACCAUUGAUGAAUGCAAUUUUUUCCUAUCAGCCUGAUUUGAGCUUCCAGAACAUCCGAGAGUUUCUUUGCUUCCAAUUUUCUGGAAGCAUAGAUGCUGCAUUUCCAAAGGUUACUUUCUUUUUUGAGAAUUCGGUGGAGCUGCAAGUUUAUCCCCAUGACUACUUUUUUGAAAAUGAGGGUGGAAUCUGGUGUACUGGCUUUCAAAACAGUGCCUUGCAGUCCAAAGAUGGAAAGGAUAUAUUUCUUUUAGGAGAUUUGGUCUUAUCAAAUAAGUUAGUUGUCUAUGAUCUUGAGAAUCAAGUUAUUGGCUGGACUGAUUACAACUGUUCAUCAAGCAUUAAAAUUCAAGACGACAAAACUGGAGCAAUCUACAGUGUUGAUGCCCACAAUUUAUCUUCAUCUGCUAGAAGCUUGAAUAUUGGAAAAUUUAUUUCUCUUCUCAUUAUUUGCUUCAUGUUUCAUUUAUUCCAUUAAAUCGGCACAUGUGAUUGAUUGAUAACAUUUUUUUCUCACAUGUUGGCUUCAUUUAUAUGUUUCUUUUUU